UAAAAGCGGCGCGGGCCGAGGCGGAGGCCAGACACCGACGAUCAUGGCGCGUCCGAGCCUCCUGCUGCCGCUGGGGCUGGCCCUGCUCGCGCUCUGCCUCCUGGCGCUGCCCAGCGAUGCCCGGCCAGGGGACCGCAAGGUCGGAGAACGCCAGGAACUGUCGCCCAGCGACCCGCAGGUGCAGAAGGCGGUGCAGGUGGCCGUGGCCAACUACAACAUGGGCAGCAACAGCGUCUACUACUUCCGCGAUACCAACAUCCUCCGGGCGCAGAGCCAGCUGGUGGCUGGCGUCAAGUACUACCUGACUGUGGAGAUGGGAAGCACAGCCUGCCAGAAGAACGCAAUGGCUGGAGACCACAUAGACCUCACCAUCUGCCCUCUGGCUGCAGAAGCACAGCAGGAGAAGCUGCGCUGUGACUUUGAGAUCCUCAUGGUUCCCUGGCAGAACUCCUCCCGCCUUCUGAAGCACAACUGUGUGCCUGUGUAGGAGACCUCUGUGGGCCUAGGGGAGGGAGGGAGUGGGCGGGACUGGGCAGGAGCGGGCGCAUCGGUGGAGGGCACUUCAGGUCCCUGGACCAUAUCUGUUGCAAUAAAUGGCUAGCAUUGCUUCUUGCA